AUGUCCAAUGUGCCUUCAUCUAGAUAUGCUGCUGCGAUAUCAGCCCUUUCCCUCAGUUUACCUGCUGUUAACCCCAACCCACCCCUUACCCUCAGUUCAUCCACUGCCCCCGACCCACCGCUUACCCCCAAAUCCCUUACCCCUAAACCACUAGUGGCCCCUACCCCCAAACCACCCCUUACCAUCAAACUACCAUCAUAUCCCCCUUCACCUGAGAUUUUGGGAUCAGAUGACGAGGAACAGGAGAAUCCAUCUGAUUACUGUAUAGGUACUUCACCAGUGUGCCGAAUAUCACCAAACAACAGUACAAUAAUGUGUGGUAGGAGAUUAUUAUACAGUUUAUUGUUGAUCAGAAAGAGGUUUCACUGUUCAUUGUAGGUGGCUACUACCCGGUGGAAAUUGGAGCAAUAUUCAUUGACCGUUACCAGGUGGUGAAGAAGCUGGGAUGGGGCCACUUCUCCACUGUGUGGCUAGGCUGGGACAUUGAGUAAGUAUAAUAGUUACUGAUAACAUUGUUUUUGUUAUUGAUUGACCUUCGGUUUCAUAUUGUGAUUAUGACAGCUAAAGCAAGUGAUUCACAUUGUUUAUUUGUAUGCGCAGGAAGAGGCGUUUUGUGGCUCUGAAGGUGGUAAAGAGUGCUCCAACCUUCACAGAGACUGCUUUGGAUGAGAUCAAGCUUCUGAAAUGUGUCAGUAUUAUAUACCCAUGUUCAACCAUUUAUUCUCUGCUAUAUAGGCCUAAUCAGUGUAAUACCUUCCUUGUUCAUCAACCAGAGCCAAGCUUAUUAGGAACUAUUGUGUUUUAUUAGUUGCACAAUGGUGAUAAUGAAAAGUAAUGUUUACUCCCCAGUUAUGUCCUGUUAUCAAUUGCAUUUAGGUAAGGGACAGUGACCCAUCAGACCCUAAACGAGACACUGUUGUGCAGCUUAUCGAUGACUUCAAAGUCUCUGGAGUCAAUGGGGAGCGUAUCCUUUUAAAAGCCAUCCACAUGUUAUCAUUUUACCCAUGAUCUAUUUCUCAUACAAUAUGUGUCAUAGGUUAACUUGCACAUUUUGAGUGAAAUGGUUUCUCCUUAAUUCAGCUAUGUGCCAGAUGUAUGCAUGGUUCUUGAAGUGCUGGGUCACCAGUUGCUGAAGUGGAUCAUCAAAUCCAACUACACUGGCCUUCCCCUGCCCUGCGUUAAGAGCAUCCUCAGACAGGUGGUGUCUUUCCCCUGUGAUCUCCAAAUCCUCUCUAUCGUUUUAUCAUCCAGAGCAGCUUUUGUGAACGGAUGAUCUCCUUUGUGUGUUCCCUGGUGUCAUGUAGCCACAGUAUAUCACCAUUGUUGUCUCAUAUCACAGGUUUUCCAGGGCUUAGAUUACUUGCACACUAAAUGCAAGAUUAUCCACACAGACAUCAAGCCAGAGAACAUCCUUUUGAGAGUGGAUGAGGUUUACGUCCAGGAGUUGGCAGCCGACACCAAGCUACGGGAGCUGCCGGUGUCUCCUGCUCCCACAAGCUGUUCAGGUUAGGAUUGCUCUCUAUUCCAUGUUGGCAUACAUGUCAUUAAGUACAUAUUCCUCUGUCUGUUUUUUACUUAUUUUAUUUUUAGAUGGAGGGAAAUGGAAAAGAUUUGUUACAGAGAUAUGGAGAUGCAAUAACGAUGCUGAAUAUUAGGAGUGGUUGAUUAACAAGGUUAAUAUUACUUCAAUAAAUUUAGAUUUUUGUUCUCUGAUUUGAUUUCAUGCUCUCUUGUGCCCUGCUGAUCUCUUCAUCUACUACUGAUGCCAGCAAAUACCAGUCUAAGAGAGAAGCAGGUAUGUCAAUCAACGCUUUGUCUUGUUGUCUCAAAGCAUAAACCAACCAUACUGCUACAAAGGGGUAAACAUAGUUUCUGGUAAUCUUUUGAUGACCUCAUCUGUCACCUAUGUCUCUCUUACCCCUCCUAUCAUAACUUUGGUAUUAGAUUGUGUCAAACUUGUUGGGGAAGUUGACUGUGGCUUUCCAGACUCUUGGGGUUUGGGUAAGAUGGCCUUGGCAUUGUGAGUGUGUGCUGAUUCACUGCAUCUUGGCCCUAGGAAGGUCCUUCUGAAGGAAAGCAUUGAUCUGUGAAUCUAAAAAUGUGCUAUGUUAUUUGUUUUGGCUGUUGUCAAUAGUUACGGUAUUGUUUUAGGUUUUCUACUCAUUCAACCAUGAAAACAGAGCAGUGGUGUGUGUGUUAUGAGAAAUGUGUAUUAAUCAUUAACUUGCACAUUAACUGCAUUUCUGAAUGAAGAUGCACAGUCUACUCAUUGCGAUUUGUAUUCAUUCAGUAUGUAUAACUACACCUUUGCAUUUGUAGUGAAAUUGUUCACCUUGAUCAACUCACUGAAAAUUAGCAUGCACUGCAUGAAAAAGGGAUUUGUGGUACUGAUAUUUAAUGAAAUGUACCAUAUUUGCAGAGAUUGUUAGAAAAUAUUUUUUAACACUGUUGCGUGCUGCAAAAUGAGAGAUGACCCAUUUUUAAGUUUCCCAUCAUACUCCUGUGACUGUGUUCAUAGACCGGGAAGGUCUCCAGGAUCCCGAGGGCCAGGUUGUCGAGAAAGGAGAACAAACAUCAACAGCCGCAGCAGGGCGAGGACACUUUAGUUGACCGUCAGAAGAGGGCGAAACCUCAUGUGUCAUUCUCUAAUAUCACCACUCCAUGUAGCACUCCUAGUUCCACCUCUUCCUCUAAGUCUUCAGGUCCUGUGUGUGCUACUUGGAGACAGACCCUGCUGCAUGAAGAAGCAAUGGGCUCUGACAGCAAGGAGUCAGCCUUGUCACCGAUGGAAGAUGCACCAUCAUUGACUACAAUGUCUCUCCGCUCUAGACAUUCUGCAGUGUUACAUCAUUCUACCCAGAGAGACAACCAGCCCUCAUCACCAUCACAUGGUCAGUCUUGCUCUGGAGGCGGCUGUAUGGAGUAUAUUGUCACAGCAUAUUUCCGUGUAGUAUACGUCAGAAUACCUGUCCAGCUUUCAAUUGAACUUUAAUGAUUUGCAAUAUAGUAUUUCAUGCAUAUGCUGAUGAUUAUGUUUAAUUACACUGAGUGUACAAAACAUGAGGAACACCUUCCUGAUAUUGAGUUGCAACCCCUUUUGCCCUCAUAACAGCCUCAAUUCAUUGGGGCAUGGACUCUACAAGGUGUCGAAAGCAUUCCACAGGGAUGCUGGCCCAUGUUGACUCCACUGCUUCCCACAGUUGUGUCAAGUUGGCUGGCUGUCCUUUGGGUGGUGGACCAUUCUUGAUACAAACGUGAAACUCUUGAGCGUGAAAAAAAUAAACAGCAGCGUUGCAGUUCUUGACACACUCAAACCGGUGCGCCUGUCACCUACUACCAUACCCCGUUCAAAGGCACUUAAAUCUUUUGUCUUGCCCAUUCACCCUCUGAUGGCAACAACAUCACAAUCAUGCCAUUGCUCAAGCUAAAAAUUCCUUCUUUAACCUCUACGGAUCGGUGUCCCCGUAUACGGGAUUGUUGAGCUAAUGUGCGCUAAUGUGAUUAGCAUGACUGUUGUAAGUAGCAGCAAACUCUCCAGGACAUAGACAUGUCUUAAAUGGGCAGAAAGCUUAAAUUCUUGUUAAUCUAACUGCACUGUCCAAUUUACAGUAGCUAUUACAGUGAAAAAAUACCAUGCUAUUGUUUGAGGAGAUUGCACAACAACAAAAGUUCCCGCAACUGGUGAUACAUUCACCUCUGCAGUAAUAAGUACUUACAUUCGUGGGGGCAUAGCUUGUGUUUUUGAGUAACAUUCUAUCCCGCGCCGACUAGGUGAAAUCGAAUGUGCCUUGAGCAAGGCACUUAACCUUCCUGUACUCUGGUAAGAGCUCUGCUAAAUCAAAAUGUAAAUAAUUGUAUCUUGCUCUAAUUUGUAAUCGUGAGGGUCCCAGAGAGAAAAUGUAGCAUAGUUUUGUUUGAUAAAAUCAAUUUUUAUAUUCAAAUAUAGGAACUGGGUUCUACAGUUUGAACCCUUGCUGUCUCUGGCUCCACACCCACCCUGCCCGGCCAUCUAGAUGUGUGAAAGUUAGUGUAUAAGCUAAUGAUCCAUCAUGUAUGACAUUCCUGGGAGUGUGUAAACUUACAUUUUGUAUUACCAUAUCAUUUGUGUUGUUCACUAUAGUUAUGUACUUGAAAAUAUAUCAAUUGAUCAAUUCAGCACAUUUGGGCAGACUUGAUACAAAAUAGUCCAGUAUGCAAAGCUUCACUGGAUCAAUCUGAAACUUUGCACACACACUGCUGCCAUCUAGUGGCCACAAUCUGAAUUGCGCCUAAACUGCAAUAUUAUAUUGUGGCCUUUCUCUUGCAUUUCAAAGAUGAUGGAACCAAAAAAUAUAAUAAAGCAUGUUUUUUUGUUUGUAUUAUCUUUUACCAGAUCUAAUGUGUUAUAUUCUCCUACAUUAAUUUCACAUGUCCACAAACUUCAAAGUGUUUCCUUUCAAAUGUAAUCAAGAAUAUGCAUAUCCUUGCUUCAGGUCCUGAGCUACAGGCAGUUAGAUUUGGGUAUGUCAUUUUAGGCGAAAAUUGGAAAAAACGGUCCGAUCCUUAACAACUUAACCUCUCUUCUCUCCUUCAUCUACACUGAUUGAAGUGGAUUUCACAGGUGACAUCAAUAAGGGAUCAUAGCUUUCACCUGGUCAGUGUAUCUAUGUCAUAGAAAGAGCAGGUGUUCCUAAGGUUUUGUAUACUCCGUGUAUAUGAAUGAUAUUGGAUGUUGUAAUACCUCAUACAUAGCAACCAUUUUGCACCAGAGCACUCACGGCGCAUCCAUUAUUGUAGUGGAUAAGUAUUCAGUAAUAUCUAUCUGCGCCAUCUGCAUUUGUUUCAGGGUUCAGUGAAACAGAGCUGUUGAAGAAUCUUCUGAAGCCACAGAAUGCUGAUGAAAUCAGCAUCAAGAUUGCAGAUCUGGGCAACGCCUGCUGGGUGGUGAGUUACUAUCUGACAGACAUUGUGUAUUUGAAUGAAUAUACACUACCGGUCAACAUUUUUAGAACACCUACUCAUUCAAGGGUAUUUAUUUAUUUUUUACUAUUUUCUACAUUGUAUAAUAAUAGUGAAGACAUCAAAACUAUGAAAUGACACAUAUGGAAUCAUGUAGUAACCAAAAAAGUGUUAAACAAAUCAAAAUAUAUUUUAUAUUUGAGAUUCUUUAAAUAGCCACCCUUUGCCUUGAUCACAGCUUUGCACACUCUUGGCAUUCUCUCAACCAGCUUCACCUGGAAUGCUUUUCCAACAGUCUAGAAUGAGUUCCCACAUAUGCUGAGCACUUGUUGGCUGCUUUUCCUUCACGCUGCGGUCCGACUCAUCCCAAACCAUCUCAAUUUGGUUGAGGUCGGGGCAUUGUGGAGGCCAGGUCAUCUGAUGCAGCACUCCAUCACUCUCCUUCUUGGUAAAAUAGCCCUUACACAAGCCUGGUCAUUGUCCUGUUGAAAAACAAAUGAUAGUCCCACUAAGCCCAAACCAGAUGGGAGGCGUAUCGCUGCAGAAUGCUGUGGUAGCCAUGCUGGUUAAGUGUGCAUUGAAUUCUAAAUAAAUCAGUGUCACCAGCAAAGCACCAUAACACCACAUCCUCCAUGCUUUACGGUGGGAAAUACACAUGCGGAGAUCAUCUGUUCACCCACACCGCGUCUCAUAAAGACAUGGCGGUUGGAACCAAACGUCUCCAAUUUGGACUCCAGACCGAAGGACACAUUUCCGCCGGUCUAAUGUUCAUUGCUCGUGAUUCUUGGCCCAAGCAAGUCUCUUCUUAUUAUUGGUGUCCUUUAGUAGUGGUUUCUUUGCAGCAAUUCGACCAUGAAGGCCUGAUUCACACAGUCCCCUCUGAACAGUUGAUGUUGAGAUGUGUCUGUUACUUGAACUCUGUGAAGCAUUUAUUUGUUCUGCAAUUUCUGAGGCUGGUAACUAAUGAACUUAUCCUCUGCAGCAGAGGUAAAACUGGGUCUUCCAUUCCUGUGGCAGUCCUCAUGAGAGCCAGUUUCAUCAUAGCGCUUGAUGGUUUUUAUGACUGCACUUGAAGAAACUUUCAAAGUUCUUGAAAUGUUACAUAUUGACUGACCUUCAUGUCUUAAAGUAAUUAUGGGCUUUCAUUUCUCUUUGCUUAUUUGAGCUGUUCUUGCCAUAAUAUGGACUUGGUCUUUUACCAAAAUGGGCAAUCUUCUGUAUAACUUUUAAGAAGGCACACCUGUUAAUUUAAAUGUAUUCCAGGUGACUACCUCAUGAAGCUGGUUGAGAGAAUGCCAAGAGUGUGCAAAGCUGUCAUCAAGGCAAAGGGUGGCUAUUUGAAGAAUCGCAAAUAUAAAAUAUAUUUUGAUUUAUUUAACACUUUUUUGGUUACUACAUGAUUCCAUAUGUGUUAUUUCAUAGUUUUGAUGUCUUCACUAUUAUUCUACAAUGUAGAAAAUAGUAAAAAUAAAGAAAUACCUUUGAAUGAGUAGGCGUUCUAAAACUUUUGACCGGUAGUGUAUGUAUUAAAUAGGGUACCUUAAAUGACAAAACACAUUAAAAUAAAAUUCAACAGGCUACUAUUAAGUAAUUGCUCAUGGUAUGGAGGGCUAAUUAUUCACCUCUGCUCUCCUCCAGUACAAACACUUCACAGAGGACAUCCAGACCUGUCAGUACCGCUCUGUGGAGGUCCUGAUUGGGGCUGACUAUGGCACUCCUGCAGACAUCUGGAGCACAGCCUGCAUGGUGAGAACCCAGGAGCACCACAUCCACACUUAUGACUGUCCAUAAUAUCUAUUACUAAGAACUCUUACAUUUCCAUACAGGCAUUUGAGCUGGCCACUGGGGAAUAUCUGUUUGAACCCCAUUCAGGGGACAACUUCUCUCGAGAGGAAGGUAAGCCUUGUCCUUUCUCCUCUCUGUCCUGUGUUUUCCUGGUGAUUUUGUUCUUGCUCAAAACAAAAAACAAAUGCUAUAAUAUUUAUUUUACCAGGAUAGUCCUAUGUCUCCUUUCAGAUCACAUUGCUCAUAUAAUUGAGUUGCUGGGACCCCUUCCAUCCCAGUUUGCCCUCUCAGGGAGAAACUCCAGGCGAUAUUUCAAUCACAAAGGUAUAUCUAUUCACAAUGACUUGUGAACUGUUGUAUACACUAAUGGUUUACACUAAUGGUUUCUUGUAGGAUAUGAUUCAUAUUUUUGUGAAAAAGUACCCUUAUUUUAGUUUCACCCACACAAUGACUAUCAAAUUCCUUUUACAUAUCCUGUUCAGUCAAUACCUAGUUUAAUUAGGCACGAUUAUUUCCCUUGUUUGCUCACAGGGCAGCUGCGGCACAUCUCAAGGCUGAAGCCAUGGACUUUGUGUGAGAUCCUGCUGGAUAAAUACGAGUGGCCACGGGAGCAGGCAGUUCAGUUCAGUGCCUUCCUCAUCACCAUGCUGGAGCCCCUCCCAGAGAAGAGAGCCACUGCUGCCCAGUGUCUAAAACAUCCAUGGAUCUCCUCAUAGACAUCAUACUGCUACCUAGUGUCUGAACCCUUCUGGAUCCCCUCAUGGACACACAGCUGUCUUACCGAGGCCACAGAUGUUACACAGCUGAAGUCCCUUAAUAUGAUGAUGACUUCAAGGGCAUUUCCACCACUUUUCCACCAUGUCAUUAUCUCCAGCACAAUACCAGUGUCUAAAUAUGUUAAAAUGGCGCAUUUCUACGUUUUGUAGAACAAAAUAUAAAUUAAAAAAGUUCUACCCGAUGACAUCAUCAAAAGUUAAAACAUUUAAAAAAAUAUGUGCUUUCAAACACUGUGAGAUUCGCGGCGACGUGGGGAGCAAGAAAAUACCCUCCCUCUGGCUAGAAACUUGUUGCCGGUUUAGAAAAUCAGUUUCUCUUACUUUUAAUCCUACCCUGUGAUGUCACAGAGAAGUAUUUUUU